AUGUCUGACGGGAGGCAGCGAACUUUGUCCACCUGUGGAGAGUCUCUGUAUCAGGUCCUCAGUCUGGAGAAAGGCUGCAGCCAUGACGACAUCAAGAAGUCCUACAGGAAGCUGGCGUUGCGGUUCCACCCUGAUAAGAACCCGGACAACCCGGAGGCGGCGGAGAAGUUUAAGGAGCUGAACAGCGCCCAUGCCGUCCUGUCCGACCUCACCAAGAGGAACAUCUACGACUCGUACGGAUCUCUGGGGCUCUACGUCGCCCAGCAGUUCGGAGAGGACAACGUCAACACCUACUUCAUGCUGUCCACCUGGUGGGCCAAGGGUCUGUUCCUGGUCUGUGGGGUCCUGACCGGGUGUUACUGCUGCUGCUGUCUCUGCUGCUGCUGUAACUGUUGCUUUGGAAAACUGAAGCCGACGCCCACAGGUGAGGGGGCGGGGCCUGACUACGUCUCCCCUGACGACCUGGAGGAGGAGAUACGCAACGACCCCGACGACGACGUUGAGACUCCGAUCGUUCAGCAGCCGACGAACGCCAGCGAGAAAACUCAGCUGAUCACCGACGGACACCGCCGAUACGGAGACACCUACACAUGA